AUAUUAUAUGGAGAGGGAGUGAUCAUAAAAGAUGGCCAAAUGUGCGGUGGGAAGCAACUUGCCUGAACUCAAUUAAUAUAUCAGCCAUGGCUGCAGCUCCGGGGACGCUCGUAAGGCAGUGUUUGGCUGUGGUCUUCUUCUUCGUCAUUCUUGUCUCUUCAACUUGUCAUUCACCGGCAGCACCACUGAAGAGAUCGAGAAAGUCAACGACGAUCAAAGAGAUAAACAGAAAGGGACCGUACAUCGGCCUCAUCACAGUGUAUGCACCUGAGGAGAAGGCCUUCUUCGCUACCAAAGCCUUCAAAUCUGAUCCCAAACAGCCCUUUGUGGAUCUCGCAGGAAGAAGAUUCAGGGUGGGAAAGGUGCAUGAUAGCAAAGUUAUCUAUGUCAAAUGUGGGAUUGGACUGGUGAAUGCGGCAGCAGCCACACAGCAGAUGUUGGAUGUGUUUGACAUAAGUGGAAUCGUUCACUUUGGGAUUGCCGGAAAUGCGAACAGUUCCAUGUCCAUUGGAGAUGUCAUCAUCCCCAAGCAGUUCAUUCAAACUGGCCUCUGGGAUUGGUUGAAACCGAACGCGACGGUAGAUUCAAGCGACUUUGGGGAAGUGGAUGUAGGAGAGUACAACGUGAAAGGAAAAGGAAAAGGAAUGAACUUGUUGGGGAAAAUAGAGUAUUUUGCAGAACAGUUCUACUCUGAAACUGGCAAGCCCAAUGAACCUCAAAGUCUCCUCUGGUUUCCUACUUCUCCUCGCUGGCUCCAACUUGCGGCUUCUCAUUUACAGGGAAUGAAGCUAGAAAGAUGUGUGAACUCAAGCUUGUGCCUACCAAACGAACCAAAGCUCGUUGUGGGACUGAAUGGGUCAACGGCAGACGCAUUUGUGGACAAUGCAGCGUACAGGGACUUCCUCUUCCAAACAUUCCAUGUUUCCUCUCUUGAUAUGGAGAGUUCUGCUAUCGUCAUGACAAGUUUGUCAAAUGAUUAUCCGGUGAUAGUGAUAAGAGGACUGUCAGAUUUAGCAGGAGCGCAAGAAGGAGAAAAUCAAAUCAAGGUCUUUGGAUCUCUUGCUGCUACCAACACCGCCAAGGCUGUCAUUCAAUUCUUGAACGUUUAUCAACGAAAUUACAUCUCUCAUUAUCUUUAACCGUUUCCAAUUCCAUCUAAUUAUUAUUAAUAAUACACUGCUAUUUCAAAUAUAUACAACAACCAGUUACUGCUA